AUGCCAUCGCCAUUCCAACGACAAGAACACUGCUACCUCUAUCGAUACUUCGGCUCGAACAUUCUACCACGUCUCGUACGGCGAGACUCCUUGGCUCGUUAUGCCGAUCAGUCAUAUAUGCUACGCUUAGCGCUAGAGUUCCCACCUCUGAUGGGAGCAUUGGUCUCAAUAGCCGGGAUGCAGCUCGCUUCUCUAAAUCGCUGGCCCAUUUCCGAAGUAGUGGGAUGCUAUAUUCAAACAUUGGCUGGUCUGAGACAGACUCUGACUCGAACCUCUAAUAUUGACCCCCACGACGCAUUACUUGCCACAGUGGUGACCUUGGCUGUAUUUGAGAGCUCUCGUAUAGACGCGGCUUUCUCAGUAGCACAUCAUGUGACAGCAUCGGGAAUCUUGGUCACCAAACGUCGAGUGCGACGGUCAAACUGCCCACAAGCCACUGCCGUCUUCAACCGAAUAUGUAUUGAAUCUUUUGUCUACCAUGCCUCGUUGAUGAUGAUCUUCGAUCCAUCACUUGACAGCCUCUCGGAUACUCAGUGUCGACAAGAAUUAUCAAAUUUUUUCUCUGGUCCAGAACAAAGUGACCAAUGUGAACCUGAGCAGACACUUUCUACCCAGCCCAUCCUACAUGUCUCAUACAAAUUCUUCUUACUGGUCGCAGAUGCGACAAAGCUUGCUCGAAAGACAGUGGCACUAACCAGCAAUGAAAUCUGCGAGUGGGUCCAAUUACAAGAGCAGUCUUCGAAGUGUGUUGCGGCAAUGGCGAGGAGUCAAGAUCAAUGCACAGUUCUGUAUGCUCUCGCACUUCGAACCCUUCUGUUGAAAUCACAGCCGGACAUCACAUUAGACCUGUUCAAUGACGGAAUCGAUACAUGUAUCCGGGAAAGCAAUAAAAUAAAACCUCAUAUUGAUGCAAGUCCAUAUUUCACUAGUUUCCUUCUCUGGCCUUUGGCAAUCCUUGGCUCUGUGUCAACUCUAUCAAGUGAAAUCAAAGUGGCCCGGAACUUCAUUUGCCUUCUAGGCGAGUCACGCCUAGGAGGCCAGGCCCAUUGGGUUCUCAGACGACUGGAAACUAUCUGGUCCUGGACUUCAACUGUGCAGCCAUCUUCUGCAGACUGGAGAGUCGCAGGCUUACAGUCAUUACUUGAUGGAGAAAAUCAUAAUCAAACGCUUCAACAUCCGAAGCAUGCAUUUAUGCGGACCUGCAGGUUCGAUAUGAAUGUACCAAUUGAAAAUAUCUAA